CCAGGCUGCACUCGGUCAGUUCCAGACACCCACCUAGGCAGCGGGCCCAGUUCCCUUCUCUUUGCGCUCUCCAACGUCGCUCCUAUUUUAUUCUUCUGGCUAUAUUCUGUCGUUUACAAUAUUAAUUGCUCCGCCACUUUCGUUUUGCCCCCAAACGACGAUCUGUCUUGUCCUACCUGGGAACGAUCAGAUACUCAUCAGGCAGCACGCCCACCAUCGAGGAUUUGUGCCUCUCAUGAACUUUUAAUUAUCGCCGCGCUGCUGGGAAGUAGCUAAUAUAUCGGUCGGGAAAAGAAACUAUUCAUAUUGCCAUCAUGGCUCAGAACUCUCAGGGCUCGAAGCCCAAAUGGAAGGUUGGGUCAUUUUUGCAACAGGCAGUCGCUGGUGUCGAGUCUAGAUUGGAUCUCAUUCUGUCAGAGGAAGAUGAAAAGAACCAGCAACAGGCGAAAGCUGCUGCUGCUGCGAGAGCCAAACAAGCUGAGAGCCCAGGAAAUCAGACUGGGGCUUCAAACUCCAAACCUACUUCUGGCACUGUCUCACGUAACUCAUCUAACGCCCGAAAGAAUGAUCGUCUUCAAGAACGCUUAGCCCGUGCUAUGGUUAAUAAAUCGAAUGCUACAGGAAAUACCGCCUCUCAACCUUCCUCUGCCCAGGCCUCGUCACCACCCAGUCCCGUUCCGAGUAACGAUGCGCGAUCGAGCCUAGACGUUGAGUCUAACGGGGGAUCUUCUCGAAGGAAUACACAAGAGCUCUCCCGGGACUCUGUCUAUCUUGAAGAGGAUCCGUCGACAAUUCCAAGGGCUAGCCACGAUUCAGGAAUCUCGUCGCGCAACUCGAAGGAGAUCGCCAAAGAAGAUGAUACCCCGCCACAGGACACCACCGUUGAGGAUAAGACGGAUCGUGCGCACGAAGACGAAAGUUCAAUAAAGUCAGAAACCGAUGAACCAGAGAGUUCGCGUGCAUCGAAAGAUUUAACACAAACUACUGUGGACGUUUCGCCAGAGGACCCCCAGUCGGAAUCAAACGAUAGAGAAGAAGUCGCGAAACUAAAGGCCAACCAUAAAGUUGCCGAAUCCAACUGGCAAGAAGAGACACACGGUUACAUUGAACGGAUAGAUGCAUUGCAGUCCAAGCUAAAAUAUCUGGCUAAAGAAGCUGCCGAGUCCGCUAAGAACGCGGCAAGAACUGCUGAUCCCGGGAGUACUGAAAAGCAGCUCCGGGAGAAAGACGAAAAGAUAGCAUUAUUACUUGAGGAAGGGCAGAAGUUGUCAAAAUCAGAAAUGGACCACAGGACUGCACUCAAGAAACUUCGACAGCAGCUCAUCGAGAACACAAGAACCCAAACCGAGGACAAGAAGAAAACUGACAAGCUGGAAAAGGACAUUGCAAGCUUGGAAGCUAGGGUCAAACGUGCUGAAGCUGCUGAGAAGAGAGCGAAUGAAUCGUUAUCCUCUCAAACGAAAGUGUCUCGAGAUCUUGAUGCCGUUACAAGCGAAAGGAACGCAUUGAGCCAAACAGUUUCAGAAAUGAAAGCCCAACUUGCUAGAGCAGUCUCCCGUGCUGAAGCUGCCGAAGCUAAAGCUCAGUCAGAUGCUCUGGAACAGGAAAAGCAACGGACCACGCAGUUGGAAGAGGAACUAUCAAGUAGCAAGGUUGAGCAUGACCUUAGCGAGGAAAACUUAAGAAGAGAGGUCGGUGACCUUCAGCAAAGCAUUGAGCAAGAGAAGGAGAAAUCCCGGAUGCUAGAGGCCGAACUUAAGAAUGAGCAAUCUGUUUUGGAAAGCAAGAUGGAAAGUCUUCGCUCAAGAGCAGAGGAGGCUUCUUCCGGAGCUACAGGAGAUGCCCAAGCCAAGUUAUUACGGCAGAUUGAGACCUUGCAGACUCAGUAUGCUGUCGCCAGCGAAAACUGGCAGACUCUAGAGGGCUCGCUCCUUUCACGAUUAGCAACCGUCGAGAAAGAGCGCGAUGAUGUCGCACGACGAGAAGGGGAUAUGCGACGGAAGAUACGAGAAGUGAAUCUCAAAGCCAAAAAGGCAGAAGAGGAACUUGAGACCGCCAGAGAGACCGAGCAUGACCUUCAAAGCAAACUCGAAGAGUGCAUGCAAGAGCUACAGAAAACGGAGCAGAGACUCAAGAAAGCUUCUGAUGACCUGGUCUCGGCUCAGAAGGAUUUGGUCGAGCAAAAGAAAGCCAGUGAUGCAGUGUGGACACAGAAACUCGAGGAGGAACGGGCGAAAUGGCGUGAACAAAUGCUUCCACCUGCAGGCUUCCUCCAACAGUCGCGUACAGAGUCGCCCGUUGCAUUGAAUCGUCGUAAUCUCGACACCGCAGGAUCUUUCUCAGACUAUCGGCCUACCAGUCGUCGCUCGUCAGUCUUACCAACGUCGCCCGAUAUUGGGACUCCUCCACGCCAGAACUCGUUCACACAAGGUACUCUUUCACCUCCGGCUGCAAACGGUGUAAUGAACACAUCGAUGAUGGAGCCCCCUUCGAUUGCGUUCGAACAGGAUGAUUUCCUCAGUAGAUCGGGAACACCAUUCGCCCCAUCGGUGUAUGGUGCUAAUCAGACCCAUCAUUCCCGUGGAAUCAACGACAUAAUUUCUGAGUCUACCGUCGGAGCUGGACCAUCUGUCCAGCUGGUGGAGCGAAUGAGCGCCACGGUCCGCCGGCUAGAGAGUGAACGGGCUGCAUCUAAGGAUGAACUGGCACGUAUUACUUCACAACGCGAUGAGGCCAGAAACCAAGUUGUCGACCUAAUGCGGGAGACUGAAGAAAACAAGUCUUCCGGCGCUCGUGUGCACGAAUUAGAAAGCCGAAUCGAAGAGCUGGACCAACGAUACCAAACCACGCUCGAGAUGCUCGGUGAAAAGAGCGAGCAGGUGGAAGAACUUGAAGCUGAUAUUGCUGAUCUGAAGAGGAUCUAUCGGGAACUGGUGGACAGUACCAUGAAAUAAGGUAUUGAUAUGGUUUAGACAGUUUUUAUUUCUUUGUAAAUACCAUUUUCGGAGGGCUUAUCCGGAAGUGGACGAUGAUAUGGGUUGAUGUAUACUUUUUUCUUUAAGAUAUUAUGAUCUGAUGCCCGAAACAAAAUUCGAUUAAUUUAACUCGCGCCUUGAGAGCCCUGGGGCGUGAAGGUCCCCUCAAAUUCCUCGACUCCCUCAAUCAAAUGGCAUAAUAAUUAC